CAGGUUCAACGAAAAUCCCAUGCGCCACACGUUGUGGACUCCCUAUUUGUCUUCUUACACUUCCAUCCUUAGUCCCAAAUUCCACUCCCAGUCUUUUGAGUGCCAGGUCUCUCUGCCCAAUGCCCAUUACUAUUGUGAUCAUGGCUUGCUCCUCAUCAACAACAAUAUGGAAAACAAAAACAACAUAUGACUACCCUGCUUCCAAAAUCUCAUGCUACUUCAAUAACAGUAACUCCUCCUUCUCCACCAAACCACUUCGUUUCACUGCUUACUCGUCUGACUCCUCCUCAUCACUAACACAAUCUUCUUCUUCUUCAUCUUCUUCUUCUUCUUGUUCAACAUCCUCUUGUUCUUGUUCUACUUAUUAUUAUGCAGCUACUUCCAGAUAUAUAAGAAACCAGAAAUCUCCAGAGAAUGAAAGGACCCAUGAUGUCACUUUCUCUAUUGUACGUACUGAUGGUUCCAAUAAAUUUGAGCAGAAGAUAAACAAAGCUAAGGCUCAUAAUUCUUUGAACAGGGGAUUGAAAGCAAUUGCAAAGAAGCAGCCUUUGUGGCGAAAAUUUUGGUUUUCUUCCAAGAAGAUGAGGAGUAUUAUCUUGCUCAACGUCAUUACUGUCGUCUAUGCAAGUGACAUUCCGAUUGUGAAAGGUGUUGAAAUGAGUAUGGACCCAGCGACCUUCUCUGCAGUGCGAUUUGUUGUCUCAGCCAUCCCAUUUUUGCCAUUUGUCUUUCGUGCUCGAGAUGAUAUUAAAACCCGCAAUGCAGGGAUGGAGCUGGGAUUGUGGGUUAGUUUAGGGUACCUUAUUGAGGCAAUUGGUCUACUUACAGCUGAUGCUGGGCGUGCAUCAUUCAUUUCAUUGUUUACGGUUAUAGUGGUUCCUUUGCUUGAUGGCAUAUUAGGAGCCUAUAUUCCUGCCCGUACCUGGUUUGGAGUUCUCAUGUCUGCUCUUGGGGUUGCUAUGCUGGAAUGUAGUGGAUCUCCUCCAAGUGUUGGAGAUCUUUUGAACUUUUUAAGUGCAAUAUUUUUUGGAAUUCACAUGCUUCGAACUGAACAUAUAUCAAGAAGCACAAAGAAAGAGAACUUCCUACCACUUCUUGGAUAUGAGGUGUGUGUUGUUGCUCUAUUAUCCACAAUCUGGGUUUUAAUUGGAGGAUGGUUUGAUGGUGUUAAUGGCUUUGACCAAUCAACAUGGACAUGGACAGAACUAUGGGAUUGGAUUGUCGCAUUUCCAUGGAUGCCUGCUCUAUAUACUGGCAUAUUCUCUACUGGAUUAUGCUUAUGGGUGGAGAUGGCAGCCAUGCGUGAUGUUUCAGCAACAGAAACAGCAAUAAUUUAUGGACUGGAGCCACUCUGGGGUGCAGGUUUUGCAUGGUUUCUCCUUGGUGAAAGGUGGGGUAUGAGUGGAUGGAUUGGCGCUGCUCUUGUGCUAGGGGGAAGCUUAAUGGUACAGAUGUUUGGAUCUUUACCAAUCAAUAAACCUAUUGAGGUUGAAGAGGCUAAUCAGAAAGGCAAUCUUCUGCUAGUUCCAGAAAAGCAAAAAGUGCAAAGUGCUCUCUCUACUUCACCAGUUGUUGUCAGGACCAAGAAGGACGUAAUAGAUUUGUUAUAGUGAUCCCUUCUAGUGAUCUCUAAUGUUUGUUUUUUUAGAUAAAUCUCUGGAAGAAGCAUAAAUCUAAAGGUGUACAUAUAAAGGUUUUUGUAUUUAGUAAAUAGUAAUCUAUUAUGUUUGUUCUCGUGAUGGCGCAGCCAAAGCAUGGUUAGGAAAAAAAAUAUCCUCUUUGAAAGGCUAAGGCUAAGGCAGAGCCCAAAAAUAAGUGUCCAGAUUAUGCGCUACCCUAUUGCCCUCCCUCUUAGUAUGAGAAAAGUUUAACCAAAGAAAAGAAUUAGAAAAACAUUUUGCGUCUCUGAUGAAGGAGUCAAAACCAGCCCGAGGAAGAGGUUCAUCUGUCAGAGCUUGAAACACAACCAAAGAAUCACCUUAAAGAACAGCUUGAGUCACUCCAAGCUCCAAAGCAAAUUCCAAUGCUCUCGCAGCAGCUGCAGCUUCAACUUCAAUAGCAGUAAAGAGCUGGGGGAUUACUUGGGACAUGAAAGCUAUGACUAAGCCAUGUGAAUCUUGGAUUACUACACCAAUUCCAGAUUUAUGGAAUUCCUGGAAAACAGCCCCAUUGUAGUUAAUCUUGAACAAGUUUGGAGGAGGAGCUUGCCAAAGGGUCCUUGGGCAGUGUUGGGGACUUGGCCUGCUAGGUGUAAGCUCGACGAACUCAUCAUACCUUGUUUUAGCCAGUUGAGAGAGCUGAUUAAUGGGGCAGCAGGGUCUUGAAUUCCAAGAUUGGUUCCUGUGAUUCCAUAUCGCCCAAACCUGCAUUGCAAAGAUUUCUAAAUUGUUGUUAGAGCGAGGAUAAACUGAACUACCUCUUUGAAGCUUGAGAAAAUGUGGCCGUUUCUGAAAUUCCAGUUUGGCAGAGCAUUCCACACUGCAUCCAAAUGA